AUGGAGAAGAACACAAUAGGUGCGUUGAGGAAAGGUACCUGGACCCAAGAGGAAGAUAAUCUUCUCAGAGACUGCAUUCAUCAGUACGGCGAAGGAAAAUGGCAUCUUGUUCCUCAAAGAGCUGGUUUGAAGAGAUGCAGGAAAAGCUGCAGAAUGAGGUGGUUGAAUUAUCUGAAACCCAACAUCAAGAGAGGAGGCUUCAAUGAAGACGAGGUUGAUAUGAUUCGAAGGUUUCAUAAGCUUCUGGGCAACAGAUGGUCGUUGAUAGCUGGAAGGCUGCCUGGAAGAACAGCGAACGAUGUGAAGAACUUCUGGCACACCAACAUGCGGAAUAGGAAGAAAGAAGAAACCCAGGAGACGAAAGCAAAAGAGGUGGUGGUGAUGAAGAAUAAUGCAGAGGAGACGGCACAUCAAGGAAAACAGCACGUAGUGAUAAAGCCUCAGCCUCACACUUUCUCUAAGAAUUCGCCAUGGCUGAGGAGGAAUCAUAACAAUAAUAAUAAUAAGCUUGUUUCUGCGAGUGAAGGUGGUGAUGCUGCAGAAGCCACAACUUCAGGUCCUGGUGUUAUGAAAGAGGGUAUUGCAGACCCAUGUGCUGCUGCUGAUGAUUUUAUGCACAGAGACCAGUCAGAAGAGUGGUGGGAGAGCUUACUAAACAAUGAUAGAGAUGAAGGGCAAUUUGGGAAUUUCACCAUGGACUUUUGGGACGAUGAUCUUCUGAAAAGUGAAACAAAGUCUAUCUGGGGAAACGCGGAAUGA